AUGGCCGCCGUUUCAUCAGCUCCCACGGGAGCUACGGCUUUGACACCGCCGAGCAGCAGCCAUGGAGAAAACAUGUGGGAGCUUUCCGCUGGACAGUCAGAGAACACGAUGCAAGACAAGAACGACGCUCCCAGUUUAGAAAAACCCUUGCGAAGCCCCCUCGGUUCACAGAAUGGCAAUGCACUGUCUUCCUCGUAUGGCCAAACCAGCAACCAUUUUGAAAUGGCCGCUCGCAAAAUGCACUCUGUCGACAACCUCAGUUCCGCCAGAUGGGCCAAGUCAGGAGAUGGAACUUCAGGACUAUCACCUGCUCUGGCCAUUGAGCCCCGACAACCCCUACCGAGCGCCUCGGAUGGUACGUCGCUCGGAAAGCAAGCAGCUUUGGAUGAACGCAGACGGCAGAUUCAACAAACCUUGGGCUUAGAAUACAGUGAGGAGGAUUCCAAAUGGAUUCACCGGGACAAGUUAGCCAAGAUUGAAAGCGAGGAGCUCCAGGCCGCUGGCUUCAUAAUACCAAAGGUGCGAGCCUCGAGUAGGCAAAGACGUCCCAGGGGGCAAAAUUCCGUCGAUUACGACAACCAGCAACGCCCUCGGAAUCAGAGUUCCAUGGACUUUGACAAUCAGCAUCAACAGCGACAGCGCCAUGAUUCCGCCAACAUGGAUCAUGUUGGCGAGGAAGAACCCCCGGCCCAGCACUGGGACUUGAGGACGCCAGAAGAGAUUGCUGAAGAGGAGGCUAAUGCCUAUUUUGCCUCGCAGUGUCUCAAGGGAGGCACAAAAAUCCCGGUAGCCAAGAUCAGCCCCGCGCCUAUCCCACAAGAUUACUUGGAUCGCGGAUCUCCUUCUGUCCGACGCAUUGAAUCCAUGGAUGGCGAUACCAUUGCCUACACCAAAACUCGGUCUCGAAGUGCCAGUGCUUCUACCAAGGACUUCGAAGUAGUGAACAAUUGCAACCGACCUGCCAAUGGAAAGCGAUCAGUCACAGAGGGUUCACCAAAGAAAAGCACUGUGCGAAAGGCCUCAACGGCAUCAAAGACCAGCACCACAGCCAGUCGGCCGAAGACUAGAUCCGGUCCUACCAGAGAUGCGAGUGGAAACCGCCCACCCACACGAUCUGGAGAACCAUCUGCUGCUAGCAAGCAACCCGAGGGCGACCCACCGUGGAUGUUCGAUGCGUACAAGCCGGACCCGCGGUUGCCUCCGGAUCAACAGCUGCUACCCACGGUCGCCAAACGCCUGCGACAAGAAAUGUGGGAGAGGGAAGGGAAGUUUGGCGACGUCUAUGACAAGGAAUUCCGACCGCUCAACGACCACGAACUUCCGAAACCACAGGAGAAAGAGCCUCUCCCUCAAGAGGAGGAAGAUGCUCAACAAGCGGGAGAAUGGCCUUUGAAACCCGGUAUCACGAAGAGUCCAAAGCAGAGCUCAUACUCUACAAUGCCCAAGAUCUCGGACAAGCCUCCGGUCAGCCCUGUAGCAAGUUCCAAGGGUCCUGGACCAAUGCAACCAGUCUCCCAACCCCAAACGGUCGAACCAAUGAGACAGGAAGAGGAAGAAGCUGAGAAGAAGGCAGGAUGCGGGUGCUGCGUGAUAAUGUAA